AUGAACGCGGGCGGCAACAUGGCCCAGCUCAUCGCCAUCCGCAUCAGCCACCUGCGUCGCGUGACGGCCCAUGUCCGUACCAUCCUGUCCGCCGGGGAUCCAGCAGCGCCGGCGAGCCUCGCGCGCGAGCAGCAGCUGCAGCUUCUCCUCGACGCGGAGCAGGCGCUCGAGGCGCUGGAGCGCAUGCACCGCUCCAUCGAAGCGCAGCAUGCCCAGAACCAGCGCAGCAUCGACGACAUGGCGGCCCGCCUCGCGACGGAGAUCCACCCAAUGUGGGCCAUGUCGCUCGCCUACGCCGAGCAGAGCGACCAGCUCCGGGGCCAGCGCCGCUCGAACAAGCGCGUGCGACCGACGUACGAGGGGGAAACGGACACGGAGUGA